AUGGACUUCAGUAAUGAUGAUGAAUUCGAUUUAAACGAUUUAAAUUUUAAAGAUAAAAUGAAGAUUUCUGAUAUUGCUGAUAUUUACGAACUUUGUAAAGGCUACUGCAAUACGCGAUAUCUAAGCGUUCUCAUUUAUCUAACUUUACGUGAUUUCAACGUAUCAUGCCAAGAUACGGAUGCAUUUUUAAAAAGCCAUGACGGAUUGACUUUCCGUAGUGGAGACGUUCGUCAAAGGCGUUGGUUUAUUGGCGAUUCGGCUCCUUUCUUUAGUAAAGGUCAUGGUAGAAGUGUAAUGGCCUUGGACUUCCUUGUCCAACAUCCUUCGAGUCCGUUCGUUCAUUUGAAUGAACGCGAAUGGAUGAAAGCCGUAGAACAUUAUUCAGAUUUGUUAAACGACAACGAUAUCCGAUAUGGCAAGUAUUCCGCUACAGCAUUUGCUCACUUAGGAGUUGAUGCCUAUUUUGACAAUAGCGUAAUCCUAUUGCAGUUCGAGCGCUUAUCUAAACUGCUGAAAUUUAAAGAAGAAUAUCAGUACCACAACAUUGAAAUAUUAGUUGAUAAUGCCACAGCACAUACAGCCAAAAACUAUAGCAUUAACGAUUUUGGAAAACGUAGUGGGACAAGAUGCCCGGUCUCAUCAAUUGAAUACUUAAAUGAUAACAAUGAAAUGCAAAUACUAGAAUGCUACUACCAAUCAGGACCGAAGAAAGGGCAAAGUAAAGGACUGCUAUCUAUUGCAAUGGAGCUAGGACUUCCGGUUGCACCAAAUAUAACGUUAGAUGAGCUAAAAUCAACUUUAUCGAAACAUAGAGCUUUUCAGAACGUGAAUAAAAGUCAAUUGUAA